AUGGUUGAGAGCAGCUCUGCGGACUUCAGAUCUAAAGCCACGAGCUCAAGAGAUUCAGCACAAGUCCCUAGGGUACUAGUUUGCCGACUCUUCACCCUGCGUUCACCCUCAACUACCAACGAAGACGAGUUGCACAACUGGUAUCGACGGCAGCACAUCCCUCUUCUUGCCAACGUGCCUGGCUGGCAGCGGACAAGAUGCUACAAGACCUCGGGCGCAAAUCUCGCCAACCACCUUUUGACUGCAAGACCCGUAUAUCUUGCAUUACACGAAUACACUCGGGAAAAUGGUCUUAAUGGACAAGAAUAUAAAACUUGCAUGUCUACGUCUUGGCAUAACAGGAUCAUGGCCGAGCUCAUUGAUACGCAAUCAACACGCAUCUAUCGACUGGAGGAUACUACCCACCUGUCGCCAAACAACAUGAUACAUGCUCCUACUUCAUUCCCAGAGUUCUAUCCACCGCUUUGUCUUUACUCGCAUCUCACGACAUCUGAUGGGGUUGUGUUGCCUUACCGCCUGAGCGGAUCGGCAAAUCCCUCGGCGCCGAUCAUUCUUCUCUCCAAUCCUCUCUUGACCCAGUGGGAGAUCUGGGAUCCCUUUGUGGCUGUUUUCUUGACCAAGUAUCCUCAGUUUCGUGUCCUUUGCUACAACACCCGAGGACGCUCAUCACUACCUCCUGCGCCGGGUUCAACUCGUCCGCAGCCUGUGACUCUCACCUUACUCUCCGACGAUAUGCUCGCCCUCUUGGAUGCGGUCGGCAUUCCUAAACUACACGCUCUGAUGGGCUGCUCCAUCGGUGGUGCCUCAACCCUUGUCUUCGCGCUCCGACAUCCUUCGCGUGUGGGUCGGUUCAUUGCAACAGAUUGUGCCCACAUUUCAUCAGCCGAGAACGCGGCGGCCUGGGAUCAGCGCAUCGAAUUAGCCGAAGAUUCUUCUCGAGGCAUGGGUGUUCUUGCCAAGAUAACAGUCGAAAGAUGGCUUGCACCCCGCCAGCUCACCAAGUUAGAGAUAUCGUUACGGGAAUGGAUAGCGAAUAUCGUCAGCAGAAAUAGCGUGCAAGGUUUUAGCGAGGAGUGCAAGGCGCUCUACGACUACGACCUCCGAAAGGAACUUCCAACCUGUACUGUGAGGGGAAUGUUGGUGGUCGGCGAGAAGGAUGGAAUAAUGCCAGGGAAAAUGGAACAGUACAAGGGCAUUGUAGGCCCUUCCCCAGACGGAGUUCCCCUGAGGGUCAUCCCAGAGGCAGGCCAUGUGCCAAUGGUUGAACAGGUAGAGGCGUUUCUUACUAGUGUUGAGGAGUUCCUUACCAUGGACUAG